AGUUCAACUACAACGAAAAAAAAACCACAUUGAAGUGUCAUCUCCGCGCCAAGACCCGUUAUAAACAUUCAUUGUGCUGAACGCAAAACAUUUCCAUUUCCAUUUCCAUAAAAUCAGUCAUCACAUUGACAUUAUAGCAAACAAGGACUUUAGUUCGAUUGCCGUUGAGGAGCGAAAAAUGGUUUAUUUUCAUUGUUCGGUGAUUUUAAACAGCAAAAUAGUAGCAAUUGGUUGAGCCGACAAUUUUUUUCGCAAAUGAAAAAGGCAAAUUAUUCAACAAUUUUUGUAUUCAAAUUUCCAAUGGUAGCUGUAACAGUGGCGCCACCACAUCGGUUUGUAUUCGAAAUUACUUUUGACACCUCGUUUGCUGUCACACUAAAUUUGAUUCUUUUGAAUGCGCUACUCCACAUGAGAACGUUUCGCGAAAAAAAUACAAAUGUUUUUAUUGUAAAAAAUGAGAUAAAUUAAACAGUUAAAAUGCGUAAAAAGUUGAACUUCAAAGAGGCGCAGAAAUAUACGCACGAUUAUGCUAUUGUGGGUGGCGGAACGGCAGGAUGCAUUUUGACCAGUCGACUGAGAGAAAAUGGUGACACGAGUGUCUUGCUAACUAAAAGUGACAGCACAUUCAGCCUAUUGGCCAUGAUUCCAUUCUUGACAUCGCAGUAUCAACGCAGUCGAAACGAUUGGAGCUUGCAAACGAUGACCAAGAAAAAUUCAUCAUUUGGAUUCAGAGGUCAGAUUCAGUAUUUGCCACGUGGAAAGGGAUUGGGCGGUUCAAGCCAAUUAAAUUGUAUGUUACAUUUUGAUGAGGCGAAGAAAGAUUUACGCCGAUGGCAAGCACACGUUGCUGAACUUUGGGACUUCGAUGAUACACCACGUGACAUGUACGCAUACAAGAUUUACGCAGCCAAAGAAGUUAUUUUAGCUGCUGGCGCCUUCCAUACACCGCUAAUUCUUAAGCUGUCUGGGGUGGGGCCGGUGAAAGAGCUUAAGAGAUAUGAUAUCAAUUCACCAUUUAAGAAGUUGAAAGAAAAACAAAAUCACCGAUCAGGAAUUUGACAAACACAUUUGGCAUUGAUGACUAGGGCGGGAUCCUAACAAUAUUUUUAGAGAUUUUUUUUCUUUUUCGAUAUAAAGCUCUUAAAUUAUUGGAUUUUUUUAGCGAAUCGAAGCAAAAAAAAUAUAUAUAAAAAAAAGAAGAACAUAUGGUGAAUAAAUUCAAAAAAAUUGUGUACAUUUUUGCCGUUUAAUGUUUCUGUGAAUGUUUUUCACUGCUUUAUUUGCAAAACAGUUCGUUUGACGUUUCAGUAUAAAUUGCACACAACUCUACACUCAUUUGCACACGACUUGAGCGGUAAUUAGUAGUUAGAAUCUCAUUACAUAGAAGUUCUAUGAUAGAACGUUGCCUUUGAUAGCAAUGAUAACACACAACAACAACUAUUCCUCAAUUAUUCGUCUGUACAUUGUUCAGAGAUCUAUUCGCCUGUAGAAUUUGUGUAAUAUUUGUCUAUAUUUUAUCUCUUUGUAUGGAAAUACGUUGAAUUCAUCUCAAAACUCUGAUUCAACAUUUUUUUUCAAUCAAAAAUGAAAAUUAGUACCAGAUUUAAACAAGCAUUUCUUACAGUUAUUAUUUGUAUAAUGUAUAUAGGCAAUGUUUGUAGCCAUCAAUUAAGUUAAACAUGAACGUUUUUAGUUAUUUUUAAGACGAAAACUAAUACGUUUGAUUAAAUCUAAGCUAAGUACGAUUUAGCUUCAAGUCGAGUUUCCAACGUUGAUUUUAACCCUCUAAUGCAUUAAUUUUUCCCAGGGCUGGGAGUACUGGUACUUGGUUGAUUUUUGACCAAAGAUAAUAAAAAAAAUAUUCAUUAUCCUGGAUUCGUCAUGGUUUAUUCAGAUAAUGCGAUUGACAUAAAUCAUAGAAAAAUCAAAUGCAUUGUUUAAAAGUGUCAAAAAUGUGUCUAAUUUAGAGUUCGAAUAAUUUAUUUUGUCAAAUUUUUGUUUUUGCACACAUUUUUGUUCAUUACAUUACAAUCACACUACAUAGACAAAGAUUGCCAAAGACAAAAAUAAAGAAAGAACAUUGACGAAUAAAAAUUCUUUUUGAAGUAAUGUGAUCCGAUGUACGGUUUAUGUUCUACAGGUGUUCAAAUGUUGCCCGUCUAGAGGCGGUUGUAUGCAUUAGAGGGUUAAAAUAUAAGGUUGAAAAUCAAUUAUCGAAAAAUAAUCUACACAAUUACGAAGCAAUUUAAGAGUGAUAUCGACAAGGACAUCUUUCGAUAGCCCCAUUCAAUGGGAUCCAUUGUCAAUGACGGUUUGUCAUGUGAUUCAAAGAGAGAAAAAAAGGAAUCUGCAUUUGUUCUAUACGAAAUGGUGAUCUCGACCGAGAAUGAAUUUCGAGUUGUUUAUUUUAAGAAAAAGGAGAAUUUUCAACGAUGAUGACAUCGCUGACAACAUCAAGCAAUUGUCGAAAAAAAACGAUACAAAAAACAAGGAACAAACUAAUCAAAAUUGAAUGGAUAUUUAUGAAGGAGAUAAUGAAUAAAACAGGA